AUGGCGGCAGUUAUCGUCAUCCAGCUUCCAGCAAUGGACUUGGACGCUCGAAUCAAGGCCUACCGUUUUGUGGCUUAUGCCGCAGUCACCUUCUCAGUGGUAGCCGUAGUGUCGGUGUUCGUCACCUUGCCUAUGGUCUACAACUAUGUGCACCACGUCAAACGACAGGUCCACAAUGAAGUUAACUUCUGCAAGGGAUCUGCCAAAGAUAUCUGGACUGAAGUGCACUCAAUGAAGGACGUACCAGUGGCAAACAGAACGGCGCGUCAAGCCUACAACACCGGAGGCGGCGGUGGCGGUUACAACGGCGGUGGUGGUGGCGGCGGAGGAGGAGGAUGCAGCGGCUGCUGCAACCCUGGACCACCAGGACCCGGUGGUACACCUGGAAGACCUGGAAGACCAGGAAAACCUGGAGCGCCCGGUGCUCCCGGUAAUCCUGGAAGAGGAUCAUCUGCACCCUGCGAGCCAAUCACAGCUCCACCAUGCCAGCCUUGCCCUGCAGGACCUCCUGGACCUGCUGGAGCACCUGGACAACCUGGAGCUCCAGGACAAGAUGGAGCCCCCGGUACACCAGCUGGACCAGGUUCACAAGGACCUCCAGGACCACCAGGAGCUCCUGGAGCACCAGGAAAUGACGGAGCACCCGGUCAACCUGGUGCACCAGGACAGCCUGGAGCUUCUGAGAGUUCAGGACCUGGAGCACCCGGUCCCGCUGGACCCCAAGGUCCACCUGGACCUGCUGGACAGGACGGAGCACCAGGAUCCGGUGGAGCUGGAGCUCCUGGACCUAAGGGAGCACCUGGAGCACCUGGUCGUCCUGGUGCUGACGGAAAUCCGGGAGCACCUGGUGCGCCUGGCCAGUCUGGAGGAGCUGGAGAGAGAGGUAUCUGCCCGAAAUACUGCGCCAUUGAUGGAGGAGUGUUCUUCGAAGAUGGUACCCGAAGACGCUAA